UACCGGAAACUCCAUACGCUUAAACAAGCUUGCUGCAUUCUCUUUGCAACAUGGUGGAAUGGCGAGCUGAGGUAGGUGGGCGGCGGGGCGGAACAUGAUUCCCGAAUCUUCCCGAACAAGAGGUGUCAAGGUCGAUGAUGGAUUCAGAAACAUAUGAUGUCUACUUGAGUUACUGGGGGGUAGCUCUCCCCACAUGUUCGGGGCACUAAAACCAAUAAGCAAGUGUAAACUCCAAUAACGCUUCCCUCCCAACAAAACUGACGUUCAAAUUUCCCGUUUACCGCUCAAAAGUAUUUAACUGCAUUAAUUUGUCCCGUCACUUUCUCUCUCUUUCACUUUUUUUUUUUUUCCUGCUCUUACUUCUUUCCUCAUGUCUGCCGUUUCAGCUGCUUUGAAGUCUAGAGUGAGACGCCCUGCGCUCUAUAAUAAAGUCAUGAAGGCCACGGAUACGCUCAAGUUCUUUGAAAACGGCCAAUACAUUGGCUGGUCAGGAUUUACCGGUGUGGGCUAUCCCAAAGUCAUUCCCACCGUUCUUGCCGAUCAUGUUGAAGCCAACGACCUUGCAGGAAAAAUGAAGUUCAAUUUGUUUGUGGGAGCCUCCACUGGCGCCGAGACCGAGGACCGAUGGGCUCGCCUUGACAUGAUUGAUCGAAGAUAUCCCCAUCAAGUUGGAAAGAAUAUUAAGAAGGGAAUCAACGAAGGACGCAUUCGAUUUGCUGACAAGCACUUGUCUGAAUUUCCUCAAGACUUGACAUACGGAUACUACACCAAGGAUAAACCCAAUGGCCCCAACUUGGACGUUGUCGUCGUGGAGGCCACUGCUAUUACUGAAGAUGGUGGUAUUGUUCCUGGUGCCUCUGUUGGUGCUACACCGGAGUUGAUCCAAAUGGCUGAUAAGAUCAUUAUUGAAGUCAAUACCCGAAUUCCAUCUUUCGAAGGACUUCAUGAUAUCAAUUCUUCUCAACUUCCCCCUCACCGAAAACCUUAUUUGAUUAUGGCGGUUGAAGAUCGUAUCGGAUCCACCUCUAUUCCCGUGGAUACCGACAAGAUUGUCGCUAUUGUCGAAAGCGACCGCCCAGAUAACACCGGUCCUAACCAGCCUGCAGAUGAAACGUCAAAGGCUAUCGCAAGUCAUUUGAUAGAGUUUUUGAGUCACGAAGUCGACCAUGGUCGUCUCCCCAAGUCGCUCUUGCCCCUUCAGUCCGGUAUUGGAAAUAUUGCCAACGCUGUCAUUGGUGGUUUGGCCAAUGGUCCUUUCGAGGAUGUCACUGUAUUCACCGAAGUCCUUCAGGACACUUUCCUCGAGUUCUUUGAUUCUGGCCGUCUGAGCUUUGCCAGUGCCACCUCUGUUCGUUUCUCUCCUCAUGGUUUCGAGCACUUUUACAAGAACUGGGAAAACUACAAGGACAAGCUUUUGCUUCGCUCCCAGCAAGUCUCCAACAACCCCGAAGUCAUCCGUAGACUUGGCGUCAUCGCCAUGAAUACUCCCGUGGAAUUCGAUAUUUACGGUCAGGCUAACUCCACCAUGGUGUGUGGAUCUGCCAUGUUGAACGGUCUUGGUGGAUCCAACGACUUUUUGCGCAAUGCCAAAUUGAGUAUCAUGCAUACUCCUUCUGCCAGACCAAGCAAGACCGAUCCCACCGGAAUCUCUUGCAUUGUUCCCAUGGCUUCCCAUGUCGAUCAAACUAAAUGCUUGACAAGGUAUUCAAGAUGCACACCAACCUUAUGGAAAAUGGAACUAUGAAGCUCAAGUCUUGGUAGAUGGAUCAAGGCAAACACUGUUGAUGUUCAUAGCAUGGCUCUUGAUUCUUUUUGCCUACACUACAUUUUUUAUUUCUCUUUUUCUUUCUACUCACACUUGCUCUUCCACACUGUACACUUUUUCCCAAAAUAAACA